CCUCCGGCGGCGGCGGCGGCGGCAGCGGCGGCGUGCGCGGCUUCCCCUCGCGUUGCGGAAGGAUGGAGGAGCUGAGUCAGGCCCUGGCUAGCAGCUUUUCUGUGUCUCGGGACCUGAACAGCACAGCUGCCCCGCACCCGCGCCUGUGCCAGUACAAGUCCAAGUACAGUUCCUUGGAGCAGAGUGAGCGGCGCCGGCGGUUACUGGAGCUGCAGAAAUCCAAGCGGCUAGACUACGUCAAUCAUGCCAGGAGGCUGGCUGAAGAUGACUGGACAGGGAUGGAGAGUGAGGAAGAAGACGAUAAGAAAAACGAUGACGAAAUGGACGUUGACACGGGCAAGAAGCUGCCAAAACGCUAUGCUAACCAGUUGAUGCUCUCUGAGUGGCUGAUCGACGUCCCCGCAGACCUGGGGCAGGAAUGGAUUGUGGUCGUGUGUCCUGUUGGAAAACGAGCCCUUAUUGUGGCCUCCAGGGGUUCCACCAGCGCCUACACCAAGAGUGGCUACUGUGUCAACAGAUUCUCUUCCCUCCUGCCAGGAGGCAACAGGCGAAACUCCACCACAGCCAAAGAUUAUACCAUCCUGGACUGCAUUUACAGUGAGGUGAAUCAGACCUACUAUGUUCUGGAUGUGAUGUGCUGGCGGGGCCACCCUUUCUAUGACUGUCAGACUGAUUUCCGGUUCUACUGGAUGCACUCCAAGUUACCAGAAGAAGAAGGGCUGGAUGAGAAGACCAAGCUCAACCCUUUUAAAUUCGUGGGGCUGAAGAAUUUCCCUUGUACCCCUGAGAGCCUGUGUAAGGUGCUGUCCAUGGAUUUCCCUUUUGAGGUAGAUGGACUUCUCUUCUACCACAGGCAGACCCACUACAGCCCCGGCAGCACGCCCCUGGUGGGCUGGCUUCGCCCCUACAUGGUGUCAGAUGUCCUUGGAGUGGCCGUGCCGGCCGGCCCGCUGACCACCAAGCCCGAGUACGCUGUGCGGCAGCUCCAGCAGAUCAUUGAGCACAAGAGGAGCCAGAAGGAGGGUGCGCAGGAGGAACUGCAACACAAGGCCUCUGGGAACGGGUGCUACGAGUUGGAGCACCUGUCCACGCCCACGCUGGAGAGCCCUCCCCUUAGCCCAGCCGGUCCUGGGAGCCUCAUGGAGAACUAAAGGCAGCCCCAGGAUGGCGUCCGGCCGGGACUGCAGCAGGCGCCUCACGUGAGACUGGGCUUCCUGAAGCCAUUCGGGUGGGAGCCGCCUGUCCCCCGUCCGAGACGCCAGCUCGGCGGGGGCGGGGAGGCCCCGAGUGCGUGUCACUGAUUGUCUGCCCAGAUCCGUGAUGUGAAUAUAGGUGAUUCUUCAGACCGGAGCUGUUUGAGUCUUCAGCUUUAGGCAGACGUGAGUCCUCCCCACCUCCCCUCCCCCGAGGCUCCUGAACCAUGACUGGUCACAUCCUGGCCCGUUUCACUCCUUUUUGCACUGAAACGCCGUGCUGAGUUUCCAGUAGCUGCUGCUGCUAACGUCAUUUUCUGAACGGCCUUACCAGGAACUGCAGUUCUGGGUACUGGAGUGUUCCCACUUCUGAGAAGACCAGUGUGCUUGUCUCUGGUUUAGACGCUACCAGAGAUAAAGUGCACGCGGGGUUCAUCCGCUCCUCUGGAGAUGCGUCAGCUCCUGCGGGGCCUGACCCUGGCGCGGGGCCCCUGCAGCAAACAGUGGGUUCUGGAGGUGGGCAGAGCUGGGGCCCAGCCAGUGAGCUCACAGAGCGCCACGGUGGCGAGGCGACUGCUCUGGGCAGGGGAUGUGAGAGCGGCAGAGCCCGGCUGAGGCUCUCUGGGGUACACAGUGUGCUCUGCUGGGAAGGAGUCUCCCCAGGGGCAGGCCGGGUGCAGCUGUGCUUGGACACAGCCAGCUCUGGGGACUCCAGUAGGGUUCGCAUUGCUCGAGUGUGAAGUAGGACAGAGAGCCGGGAGAGGAGCUGGCGUGAGACAGGAGGCUUUGUGUCCUGGAGAGAGGGAGCCCCGGACCCUCGGAUCUCUGGACGAGAGCUCCGUGGCAGCCCUGGGAGUGGAAGGCGGCGUCCCAAAGUUACCUGAGCCAUCUCUGCUCUGUGAUCAGAAAUGCGUCCUAUUUCCUGUGGCCUCUGUCUGCUCCCCCACUUCUUUCCUUGCCGAGACUUCUCACGCUGGGCAAAGGGGUCACAUAGAGAGACCCGGGUCUGAUCUCGUCGGACGUGCAGCUGUCCCUCUGUGCCGAUUAGUUCUGGGAACGGAUCUGGCAGGAGCGGUGAUUCAGAGGGCCUGAUUACACCGGUUCAGCACAUCCAGGGGAACUGGCCCCAGCGCUGGC